AUGAAGUUCCCGUUGCCGAAGAACCUGUUCCCGCCGCUCGAGCUCUCGAGUGCGCAGGAGCAGGACUACGAGCAGCUCGCAAAGACGCUCGUCAAGGCCACACUGGGCGAGUACGACCGGUUCGUGCUGCGGGACCACAAACGCGUCGACGCGCGGCGGUGGAAACUCAUUCGGACGCGCGACGGCGUCUCGAUGUACCAGGAGUGCGACACGGACGGGGGAGACGGCUGUCAGCAGACGUCGACGAGUCUCGCGCUGUACCAGAGCACCGUCUCGUGCGGCAGCAGUCGACCGAGUCACAACAUGGCGCACGACCGCUUGGGGCCCGUGACGUCCACGGUCUCGACCGUCCUCAGUCACGAUCUGCUGUCGGCCACGAGCGUGUGCAGCGGUGGCCCGCUGUCGUCCCCGCGAACGGCAAAGUCGGUUGCCGGCAUGCACGUCCACGACGCGAGUCUCGACGGCACAACCCGUCCAGACAGCUACGGCAGUAUCGGCGGCGGUGCAGGGGACAGGUCGUUCGAGCCGCACGUCACGACCGCCGCAUUCUCCGGCACCAAGUCCGAUUCCUCGGGUCUGCCGCGACUGCUGGCGGUCGGCACCUUGCGGGGGUCACUGGACGACGUCAUGUACGGCGUCGUGUCGCCCAGUGCGUCGUCCGUCCGCCUCCGGAGCUCGUACCUCGACGAGCACAUUGCCGACUGCGCCGUGCUGCGCGAGAUCCGAGGGCCGUCGGUAGCCGAUCCGUUCAGCUUCUUGGGGAUCAAGUGGCUCGUGCGCGCGAAGCACCGCAGCGCGAGCCGCAUCGUCUUUCCCCGCGACUUUGUCGUGCUCGAGUUCUCGGGCAUCAUGAUGCGGCCGGACGACUCGCGCGUGGGCUUCUACCUCAUACACUCGGUGCAGAUCCCCACGUGCCGCGAGCUCCAGGAACACCGGAUCGUGCGGGCCAAGGUGUCGAGCUGCUAUAUCUUUGAGGAGACGAGCAACAACUGCGUGCAGAUGUUCAUGACGGCGUCUGUCGACCCGAGUGGACACGUGCUCGACCGCAUGGCUGUGCGGUCGGCUGCCACGGCGCUGAGCAACUGCUGGAAGUCCGUGAGCUGUGCCCAGGACAAGAAGCUCGCGUUCUGUCUGCAGAACGAGCGCCCGUCCGCCGCGCACAUCACGCUCUCGUCGCGUGGCAAUGCCGCACUGGGCAGUGUCUUUGCCAGGUCGUCUCGAUCCGGAACGUCAGCGCUGAGGCCGGUGAACGAGUCGUCCGUGCACGAGACAAUGGAGAGCUUCAGCCAGCGCAGCGACUACAGCUCGACGACCCGCUGUCGUCGAUGCGGUGUGUGCCGCGGCAAGCUCGGGAAGCUCUCCAAGACGCUGUCGUGCCAGCUGUGCUGCGAGCAGAUCUGCAGCCGCUGCCGCAUCGUGCGCAAGCUCAGCAGUAGUACGCUCAAUGCGCAGGUCACGCAGUCGUCCAUCAACUUUUGCAAAAAGUGCGUUGCAAGUGUCGGCGGCGAGAGUGCGCUGGAGAUCGCGCGUCAGGAGCUGUGGGUCCGCACAAGAGGCCGCUCAUGUCUGCAGUCGGAGCCCUCGACAACGCACUCGAGAAGGAGUUUGUCGCAGGAGAAGUCCACGUACGAGACCGUCGUGCUCGGUCGAGGCAGCCUCCCCAACAGCGGAAGCAGCGAAUCCAUCGGCCGAGGCAACGGGGCCACGAGAUGUCACAGCUACGGCCGAGGCCGAGACGGCUCCAGCCGUGGUCGCAACCUUCAGCCAGAAGACCUGUCGCGGGAAUACUCGGUGGGUUCUCGACUGUCGGCGUCGGCUCAGUCGUCAACGCCGUUGCAAGUGCCGAGCUCGUUGACGAAGAACAUGAUGCGGGGCACGUUGAGCAUGAGCACGGACCGGUUGUCGAGUGCCGCGUCGACGAGCGACUCGCUGUCGCUCACUGACCUUGGAAUGGGGAACAACAGUAGAGCAGCACUCGACGCUGCUGGUGUUGUUGUUGGAGAGGUGGAGGUGACGGGGGACGAGCCGGUUGUGCUGGAUCACCGCAUGACCAUGACGAUCCGCAGUCUGCGGCACUUGGACUACGUGCUGUCCGUGGGGGAGCAGGACCUCGUGAAUGAACUGGAGAGCGAGGGCACUGAAGAGUACGGCGAGUUCGAGAGCGGUGACGAGUUCGAGGGCCGCUCGAGCUACGAAUCGUCGGUGGCCGUGCUGGAUGACGCGAACGAAGCGUGCGAGACGCCCCGAAGUGACUUUGCACAGUCUCAGCGCGAGGUUCCGAUCGUCGAGGAAGGUGAAAACGACAAGCGCAAGCGGGAGGCGGACUCGGGUCCAGAGCCGACCGUUGACGACGACGAUCUGCAGGUGGACGGAACACACGCGGAGCGCGACCUCGGGGCAGAGGAGCCGAAACUGUCUGAGGAGAACGAGGCAGCAGAGCGUUGUUUGCCGGAUGGAGAGGAAGCGGAUAAGCGAACGGUGGAGCCGACGGAAGAAGCCAUUGAGGUGGCGGAGCCGCAAAUGGCCGACGAAGACGAUACGUCAGCGCCCGCGAUAAGGUCCGAGCGGCCCGACGAUAGCUGUCAAGAGAGUGACGAGGACGCCAUGUCGUUGACGCAGCUCGAGCCGCGCGUGCACCGCGCAAACACAAUCGUCGCGUCCGAGGAAACCACUACGUACCAGCACCAGCUUUUCCAGCAAAUGCAGGACCUGCACCACGUCGUGGAAUCGACUUACCAAGUCGCGCGGGCCAACACGGAAGCGGCGUUCAAGGAGCGCGAUAGCGGCCGCGCGCCCAAGUCGUCGCCGUCUCACGCCGCUGACACUCUUCGAGGCGUGCGGACGUUUUCGCAGCCGUUUGCGUUCAACGUCGUGGGGCUGCGCUCGACGCGUGCGAUGACCGUCGGCCGUGGCAAGUAG